AGGUCACGUUGAGCGAACAGACGUUAACUACGAACUCCCGGUAGCUGGUGUCUCGUUAGCUACAGUUCUUAUCCGGAAUAUUAUGCGUAGGCGCUUGUUGUUUUGGUGUAGCAUCGCUAGCAACAGUUCUUAUGCGGAAUAUUAUGCGUAGGCGCUUGUUGUUUUGGUGGAGCAACCCUUUCCGCUAACCUUGUGCGCUAUGACCACAUGCUUUUCGGGUAAAGGGUCGCUCGGCCUGGUGGCGGUGCGUUAUUUGUAUUUUUUUUCUUUAUUGCAACAGUGAAGGAUUUUCUAUCAGAUGGGCCAUCCGGUUGAGUGACUGCUCCUUCCAGUUAGUAUGGUUAGCUGUCCCUGUUGAAUGUGUCGUUUUGCUUGUUAGCCAAGAGACCUCUCCAACAGAGACAAUGGCCCUGAGGGCAUGGAGCCAGAUGGCAUCAUUGAGAGUAACUGGAAUGAGAUUGUGGACAGCUUUGAUGAGAUGGCCCUGCGUGAGACUCUCCUGAGAGGAAUCUAUGCCUAUGGUUUUGAGAAACCAUCUGCCAUUCAGCAGCGGGCCAUACUCCCUUGUAUCAAGGGUUAUGAUGUCAUUGCACAGGCCCAGUCCGGCACAGGGAAGACCGCCACGUUUGCCAUCUCCAUCCUCCAGCAGAUUGAUAUCGAGCUGAAGGGCACACAGGCCCUGGUCCUCGCCCCCACCCGAGAGCUGGCUCAGCAGAUCCAGAAGGUGAUCCUGGCCCUCGGCGACUACAUGGGAGCUUCGUGCCAUGCCUGUAUUGGCGGAACCAACGUCCGCAACGAGGUGACAAAGCUCCAGGCUGAGGCUCCCAACAUAGUGGUUGGAACACCAGGCCGCGUGUUCGACAUGUUGAACCGCAAGUUCCUCUCUGCUAAGUACAUCAAGAUGUUUGUCCUUGACGAAGCUGAUGAAAUGUUGAGCCGGGGUUUCAAAGACCAGAUCUACGAGAUUUUCCAGAAGCUUGGCACUAGCACACAGGUGGUUCUCCUGUCUGCCACUAUGCCUCAGGAUGUGCUGGAGGUCACCAAGAAGUUCAUGCGUGAGCCCAUCCGUAUCUUGGUGAAGAAGGAAGAGCUCACCCUGGAGGGUAUCCGCCAGUUCUACAUCAACGUGGAGAAAGAGGAGUGGAAGCUGGACACCUUGUGUGAUCUGUAUGAGACCCUGACCAUCACCCAAGCUGUGAUCUUCAUCAACACCCGCCGAAAGGUGGACUGGUUGACUGAGAAGAUGCAUGCCAGGGACUUCACAGUCUCUGCCCUGCACGGUGACAUGGACCAGAAGGAGAGGGACCUAAUCAUGAGGGAGUUCCGCUCUGGCUCCAGCCGUGUCCUCAUCACCACAGAUCUGCUGGCCCGAGGAAUUGAUGUCCAGCAGGUGUCUCUGGUUAUCAACUAUGACCUGCCAACCAAUCGUGAGAACUACAUUCACAGGAUCGGGCGAGGAGGCCGUUUCGGCAGGAAGGGUGUUGCCAUCAACAUGGUGACUGAAGAGGACAAGCGCACACUCCGGGACAUUGAGACGUUCUACAACACCACAGUAGAAGAGAUGCCCAUGAAUGUGGCUGACCUGAUCUAGACUACCCCUGGCACCCUGCCUGCUGGUGAUACCUUAACACUCUACAGACCAUCAUCAUCACCCCCCCCCCCCCCCCCCCCCCCCCAUUCUCUAACAUCUCCCAUUACCUACCUAUCACCCACCUAAACAAGCCUCCCACGUAUCCCAAUUUUGCGCUCUUAAAUGGGUUAGGGGAACUCCUGUUUUCCUCCUCUUCCAUGCCCUCUGUGGUCCCUCUGCUCAGCCCCACUCAUUUGUUUUUCUAUGGAUCGCCUUGCUUAAUAAAAAUCAAGAAUUGUAUUUUACUUGGCCACAGAUGAGAUUUGCUAUGUUUGUAUUAGCAGCAGACUUGAUUUCCUUGUGGUCUACAAGGACCCUUGCGACUCCAUUUCAAUAGGAAAUGGUGACUUCUUGGGGGAUGGGGAUUGCAUCAUUCAGUUCCAUUCUUUAUUUGCAUCGAAGUUAUAUUGUAUCACUAUCCAUUGCUGAUAUGCAGUAGUUUUUCUGCAGGAGUGUUUUUAAACAGAAACAAGGGAUGACAUUGUUAAUCUGUUUGAUCAUUUUUUUUUUGUUCCAUGUGCCCCCUUGGAAGUACCCCCUUGGAAGUACAGCAAUUAUUUGAAUACACUUAGUGGUGUUCCAAACAUGUUGGUAGAUAUUUCUAGUGUGUAUAAUUGACAUUUCACACGGGUUGACAUUGAACCCUUGUUCUAAACGUUCAUUGACAUCUUUGGGGGAGAGCAUGACGGUGUACAGAGGGGGGUAUUGGGAGGUUUUUUUGGUUGCAAAGAUAUUUGGACUCGACAAACCGUAUAGGCAAAUCAACAUCCAGUACAAACUAUUUAUUUUCCACCCCUUUUUUAUUCAUUAGUUUGGUUUCAUUUUACAAAUUGGGGGAGGGGAAUUACUUCAAUAAAGUUACCAAAUAAAAUCCUG